CAGUUCACUUGAGACCUUCAUUGGAAGCGGAUCCACCGCUCGAUUUGAAUUUUCUCUUAGCGUGAAAUUUCAAAUGCUCAAAGAAGUUUCUCAGAAGCAUACAAUUGGCGAUUUGUCAUGAAUUCAAAAGUACAGUGCAAGUGAUCAAAAAAAAAAAAAGAAAAAAAAACUUUCCCAAGUGCUUCAAGUUAGAUUGAGAGAUAGUUUUUUUUUUCUUUGAGAAAACUUCUUUUUCUCUUCAAUAUUCGUCGUGUCUUUCUGUGGUGGUAAUCAAGAGUGGAUUUAUCAGUGAAGGUUCAACGAAAGUGGAACGCGUUUGGUGCAUUCACCUCUUGUAGCAUUCCAGCAUUUAUGUGAUCACAUCAUAGAACAUCAGGAGGAAUUUGUGAGCGCAAUAUGGGUUUGAUGCGUCAAAUUUGGGUUGGGCGAUGCUGGGCAUCGACAUCAGCAUCAGUUUCGAGUGCCACGGGGAAAACCUCAAGCACACCAGGGGUCACGAAGAAGGGCAAAAUUUCUCCGGAUGGAUCACCAACAUACUCAACAUGCCUCCACAUGGUUGACGGAGGAUCACCCUCAAUCGUGACUAGUGAGGAGUGGACAAAUGCAAAGCCAUACGAGCAGGUGCCCGGGCCACGACCUCUACCACUCCUGGGCAAUACCUGGAGACUAUUCCCCUACGUGGGACAGUACAAAAUCUCUGAUAUUGCACGCAUUUCGUACAUUCUACACAGAGAUUACGGCCGAAUCGUUCGGUUCAGCGGAUUAGUAGGACGCCCUGAUCUUCUAUUUGUCUACGAUGCCGAUGAAAUUGAAAAGUGUUACCGACAUGAGGGGCCAACACCUUUUCGCCCAUCAAUGCCAUGCCUCGUAAAAUACAAAAGUGUCGUCAGAAAGGACUUCUUCGGCGAUCUUCCGGGUGUUGUUGGCGUGCAUGGAGAGCCAUGGCGUGAAUUCCGAUCACGCGUUCAGAAGCCCGUUCUGCAGCUGUCCACGGUGAAGCGGUACGUCACACCCCUUGAGGAGGUCACAAAGGAUUUUCUUGUACGUUGUGAACAACUACUAGACAACAACAGUGAACUCCCGCACGAUUUUGACAAUGAGAUCCACAAAUGGUCGCUUGAGUGUAUCGGACGUGUGGCUUUGGACACAAGGCUCGGUUGUCUGGAACGAAAUCUAGCUCCGGAUUCUGAACCUCAGCUCAUUAUAAAUGCCGCUAAACAUGCCCUAAGGAAUGUGGCAAUUUUGGAACUUAAAAUGCCCUUCUGGAGAUAUUUUCCCACACCCAUAUGGACUAAAUAUGUCAACAACAUGAACUUCUUCGUGGAGAUCUGCAUGAAGUACAUCCAGAAUGCUACGGAAAGGAUGAAAUCAGGUGGUGGCGGGAGUGUCAUGGAGGAGCCAUCGCUACUAGAGCGUGUGCUCAAAGCGGAAAAUAACGAAAAACUGGCGUGCAUAAUGGCUUUGGACUUAAUUCUUGUUGGGAUCGACACGAUUUCGAUGGCAGUCUGUUCGAUUUUGUAUCAAAUUGCCACACGACCACUUGAGCAGGAGAAGGUGCAUGAGGAAUUGCGUAGAAUCAUUCCAGAUCCAUCAACGCCCAUAACGUACCAGCACCUAGAGAAAUUGACGUACCUGAAGGCAUUCAUAAAGGAGGUCUUUCGUGUGUAUAGUACAGUUAUUGGAAAUGGAAGGACCCUCCAGGAGGAUGCUGUAAUUUGUGGCUAUCGCAUCCCCAAAGGUGUUCAAAUGGUCUUCCCUACGAUCGUCACGGGGAACAUGGCUGAAUAUGUGAGUGAUUGCAACUCCUUUCGCCCUGAGAGGUGGCUAAAGGCCAAUCAGGGUGGUUUCGAAGGUAAACUCCAUCCCUUUGCCUCCUUACCGUACGGCUAUGGAGCCCGAAUGUGCCUCGGCCGUCGUUUUGCUGAUCUUGAGAUGCAAAUACUCCUGGCGAAGUUGCUGCGAAGCUACAAAUUGGAGUACAACCAUGAACCACUAAAAUACGCUGUCACUUUCAUGUACGCACCAGACGGUGAGCUCAAGUUCAAAAUGACCAAAAGAAAUAGCUAAACUUCACCUCAAUUGCCAGGAAAAUUAGCAUCUCUCUACGAAAUAUUAUUUCAUACCAUGUUAAAAGAUCACAUUAUUGCAAAAUAAAUCGCAUUGACGGAGGACUUUGCCAAACAC